CUGCUGAGGACGGGUCGUGUUGAUUUCAGAAGUCAUCAUGGCGCUCACUUCCCCAGUCCAAGAGCACCCAUAUAGCCAUCUGAUUGAGACACUGAAAGAUGGCACAGUCAAGUUCUUCAAUCCACAGAAAUUAAAUGAUCCACGAUAUGACAAGCUGCCUCUGUCCAUCCGCGUCUUACUGGAGGCAGCGAUUCGUAACUGUGAUGGCUUUUACACGAAAAAAGAAGAUGUCCAGAACCUCUUGGACUGGCAGCAGCUGCAGAAUCAAACUGAGGUGCCAUUCUCUCCAGCUCGAGUCCUGCUCCAGGACUUCACAGGUAUUCCUGCCAUGGUGGACCUGGCAGCCAUGAGGGAUGCUGUUGCCAAACAUGGCAUGGACCCCAGCCUGGUCAACCCUAAAUGCCCCACAGACCUCAUUGUAGACCACUCAUUACAGAUUGAGUAUAGCAAAUGUGCCACACAGAACGCCCCAAACCCUGGUGGAGGCCCAAACCAGAGCCAGGUUCCCUCUCGUUCCACAACCUCCAGGCCUCCAUCCAGAGGAGGCUCACAGUGCGGAGGCCAGCGGGGCACAUGUAGUAAAGCUGCCUGCAGUGACCCUCCAGGCUCCCCGGGUCAACCCCCAGCCUCCGUCCAGCAGAUCGAGAACACGCCCCUCCUCUGCCCUUUCCACCUGAAACCUGUGUCUGAAAAUGACACAUCUCUGAAGAAUCAAGAACUGGAACUGACCAGAAACAAAGAGAGACUUCAGUUCUUUAAGUGGUGUUCUAAAGCAUUCAAGAAUGUGAACGUGGUUCCUCCGGACGUCGGCGCAGUCCACCAGGUGAACCUGGAGUAUCUAGCCAGAGUGAUCCAGGUCAGCAAUGGUUUCAUCUACCCUGACAGCGUGGUGGGAACCGACUCUCACACCACCAUGAUCAACGGCCUGGGCAUCCUGGGCUGGGGUGUUGGGGGAAUUGAGUCAGAAGCUGUGAUGCUGGGCCAACCAGUGUCUCUGACUCUUCCUCAGGUAGUGGGCUGUAAACUGGUGGGCUCCAUCAACCCCCUAACCACCUCCAUAGACAUCGUCCUCGGCAUCACAAAGCACUUGCGACAAGCUGGGAUCGCUGGAAAGUUUGUAGAGUUUUUUGGACCUGGCGUUUCUCAGCUGUCGGCCCCUGACCGAACCACCAUCGCUAACAUGUGCCCAGAGUACAACGCUACGGUCAGCUUCUUCCCCGUCGACCAAGUCACACUCAGGCACUUUAAAAAGACAAAUUUUACCCAGGAAAAACUUGAAUUGAUGGAACAUUACAUGAAGGCUGUAAAACUCUUCCGAAACUUUGAAGACCCCUCAGAAGACCCUGAGUAUUCUGAGGUGUUUGAAAUCGACCUGAGCUCCAUGGUGCCCUAUGUGAGCGGACCCAAAAGACCACAGGACCGAGUGGCAGUCAGCAGCAUGAAAGAAGACUUUCAGAGUUGUCUUCAGGAGAAGGUGGGUUUUAAAGGCUUCCACAUCUCCAAGGAGAAGCAGGAGACCCGCGUCCCUUUCCUGCACUGUGGUCAGGAAUACCAGCUGGCCCACGGCUCAGUGGUCAUCGCUGCUGUUAUCAGCUGCACCAACAACUGCAACCCGUCUGUCAUGUUGACUGCAGGUCUACUGGCCAAAAAGGCAGUGGAGGCGGGGCUUGUUGUCAAACCUUACAUCAGGACCAGCCUUGCUCCCGGAAGUGGCAUGGUCACUCACUACCUCAGCACCAGUGGAGUCCUGCCUUACUUCAGCCAGCUGGGGUUUGAGGUGAUAGGUUACGGUUGUGCCACCUGUGUAGGAAACACAGCACCGUUACCAGACACUGUCAUGGAUGCAAUCAAACAGGGCAACCUGGUGGCCUGUGGGGUGUUGUCUGGCAACAGGCAGUUUGAAGGCCGCCUCUGUGACUGUGUGCGUGCCAACUACCUGGCCUCCCCUCCCCUGGUGGUGGCUUAUGCUAUUGCUGGCACUGUGGGAAUCGACUUUGAGAAAGAGCCUUUAGGGGUCACGUCUGAGGGGAAGGAGGUGUACCUUCGUGAUAUUUGGCCAUCCAGAGAGGAGAUCCAGCAGACUGAGGAAGAUACAGUCAUCUCCUCCAUUUUUAAGGAUCUCAGGGGGAGGAUGGAGAAAGGAAACACAUUUUGGAACAACAUCGAAUGUCCGGAAUCUGUACUUUUCCCCUGGGAUCACAAGUCCACAUACAUCCGCUCACCUUGUUUUUUCAGCAAGCUGAGUAAAGACGUUCCUCCCCCUCAGUCGAUAGAGGGCGCUCAUGCCUUACUGUUCCUUGGGGACAAAGUGACAACGGACCACAUCUCACCAGCAGGCAGCAUCGCUAGGGUCAGCGCGGCUGCCAAGUACCUGAUGAGCAAACGUCUGACGCCGCGGGAGUUCAACUCGUACGGCGCACGCAGAGGGAACGACGCAGUGAUGACCAGAGGCACGUUCGCCAGCAUCAAGCUCCAGAAUCGAUUCAUCGGCAAAUCAGGCCCCAAGACUUUGCACAUUCCCUCAGGCCAGACACUGGACGUCUUCGAGGCAGCUGAUCGCUAUCAGAGAGAUGGUGUUCCCCUCAUUAUCCUGGCAGGCAAAGACUACGGCUCUGGAAACUCUAGGGACUGGGUCGCCAAAGGACCAUACCUGCUGGGGGUACGUGCAGUCAUCGCUGAGAGCUUCGAGAAGUUGCACAAGAACCAGUUGGUGGGAAUGGGCAUCAUUCCACUCGAAUUCCUGCCUGGCCAGAACACCGACUCGCUGGAGCUCAGCGGGAAGGAGAGGUUCACCAUCACCCUGCCGGAGAGCCUGAGUCCGAGGCAGCAGCUCACUGUCAGGACCAGUCAAGGGACGUCCUUCUCGGUCACCGCACUGUUUGACACAGAGAUGGACGUUAUCUUCUUCCAGCAUGGAGGGCUUCUUCGAUACGUCGCACGGACUUUACUGUGAAACCGCCUGCAGCCUGGCCUCAAGCCUACAGAGUGCACCAGGCUCAGGAACUGCAGUCCUCUUUGUUUCCCUAGUUUGUCUUCAACUUGAUGAAAGCGGCUGAUUGGAACGACAUAAGGACGAAUGGUCUGUGUGUUUGAACUGGAUAUACGUCUCCAAACCAACAGUCAUGAGAGGACAGUUUCAGCUGCUUCUCCCUCACUACGCAUGGCUGGUCCCGCUUCUACUACAGCUUUGUUUGUCCUCACAUGAUCGGAACAACUGCAGGAAGACGUGCUGACAUGCACUCAAUAAAGAGAUCUUUCCUUCAUUGACCUUUGGACACAUGUUUUUUUAAUUUUGUUGAUGGAGAGUGAAACUUCACAGUACUGAGGGGACGUCUCAUUCACCAUUGAAGCCAAGAAGAAAUGAGUCCUCUCUGCCUCUGUUGUUAUUAAGCUAAAACAAAACCAAUCCUGCUUGGAAAAGCUAAGAUGGUGCUAGGUACUAUUAGGUUUUCCUCAACAUUCAUGUAAAGUUCAUUUCAGAAAGUAUCGGAGUUGAUGUCCGUUGUUCUAAUCAAUCCUAGUAAAUAAGUCAAAAUUUCUUAAUCAAAAAUGUUGCUUAAAAAAGUACAUUUGCCUCCUUAUACUCAGUUUAUCAUGUGAAAAAAUGUGUUACUAUUAUACGUGCUUUGUUACUUGCUCCCUGCAUUAGCAUGGUUCCUAUUUCAACUGACAGUCAUCUGCAUCACAUUAAAAGUAAAUGAUAAAAACUUUCCGCAAACGCAUCUGUUAAUAACAGUACACACAGCAUCACAUUCUUCUAAAGGUUCAGUUUACUUUCUAUACAAGUACAUAUUUAACACAACUGGUGUUUAAACCCAGAGUUUCGUCAAAGUGCAACAAUGUUAACUUUAAAUUUAGUUUUUUAUACAUUAACUGCUGCUGAGGUGAGAGGCAGUCACUGAGCUGUUGACAGUUGCAGUGACACAGCAAAUUUUGAGAUUAAACUGCUGAAUCACCCUGAUGGCUGACGUUACUGAGAGUGGGUCCAGCCUGAGCCUGACCACCUACAGCCAAGUUCAGCAUCAUCAGCAUUAAUGUUCAUUUUCACACAUUGAGAAUACCACGCUACACGUUUGGGGAAAAAGCUUUUUGUCUUUGUUGUCUGAUAAGUGCACGACUCAAGCGAUGAUUCAAUCAGGUGAUCAGUGCAGUUGGGUCUGAAGACCUCGAGGUUGAAACAUGAAAAAAUCUAUUGGUGGAGUUAGAGAGACCUUGAAAAACUCUGAUGACAAACCUGUGUAACUAUUGCUUAGCAGCACAAAUUAUAAACAUUGUACAAAUGCAUCAAUAUAACAGAACAGUGGGACGAAUAGGGAAAGUUAGAGAUGUUCAUUACAUAGAAUCAAACUUUGCCUAAUAGUAGCUCACAUGAGCAGCUGGUCACAUCAGAACAAAAAUGUAUUUGCCAAAAAGCCCAAAAGUUUUGAACUGCAGGAAGUUGCAUCUUAUUGGUGACGAGUUCAACUUUUUAGUUGUAAGUCAAAGAAUUUCUCACUUUAAAGAAAUAACUUUGGGAAAACAGCUACUUGCCUUCUCUAAAGAGGUUGUUUUCACCUCUGUCCGUUUGCCGAUACGUUUAAAAAAAAAAUGCACCUGUUGACAUCUCUUAAGCUCACUCAUUACUGUUCUUGUUUCUAUAAUGAGCCAUAGAGGUGGCGGCAGGUGGAGUUUGGAUUGAGGCAGCUUGUCUGUCUGUGCUUAGCUUACAUCUCUUUGGCUGAAGCUUUAAAGCCUCACCUGUACAUAAACAGGUAUAGAGAAACGGAACAGACAUGUGUUCCUGUGACUGAACCAGACUCAACUCGUGAAGGUUAAAGCUGUGUUAGAUUGACAAGUGUAACCCGGCACUUCCUCUCUGCACUGCUUGUCCUGCCACUGGAGGUUGAACACUAAGAAGGGAGCUCCUUACUUUCACCUCUUUCAUUAGAGUGAAAGCUCCAUGCAUGAGGAGAUGAUCAAUCCCUCCUGGUGACGUAUAGUCACGGCUCCAUAAGCUGAAAUGUAGUCUGACCUGACUGAACUCAACUUAGAGUGAGGGAACACCAGCCCUCUGUAAAGCGCAGGUAUUGCUUGGUUUAUAAUUCAUGAUUAUGAAUUGAACUUCUGGACUUUUCAUCUGAAAUCAUUUAGGGUGUUUUUGUGCAAUUUAAAAUGUGUGUAUGAAACCAUAUUGAUGUAUUGAUCUGAAACCAUGGAUCCAGUGCAACACGUCACAUUUUCUACAGUGUGGGUCGGAGCCUUUAUGCAUUUAGAUAUUUCUUUAGAGAGAAUGACGUGUGCGGGCUCUGAUCACGGGACGCUCUUCACACUCAAGAGGGAGCAAUCUGUGUUUCUUGCUUUGUCCAACUGCCAAAUCGAGCUUCAGCAAGUAACACACUGUGGCUUGAUGAUGAGGCUGUCGUUUGGGUGCCUCGUGUGUGAAGAUGAUAUUUUCUACACUGCUUCAUGUUACAGGACCCGUGGGGUUUGUUUUUCUUUAAAGUUCCGGUCCAUCUUCACAGUUUGCCUUCUUAGUUGUUUAUCAGAAGCGUGUGAAAGCAGAAUGGAACAUGACUGUGGACAGAGCAAGCAGCGGCACUAGUGUUUAUGUGUGGUGUCGUCAUGUGUCUGCUGCUGCUCAGUGUCAAAGUUCAGAGAAGCAAAGUGCAAAUCAAGUCUCUGUCUGCUCAUGGUGAUGGAUUGUAUUGUAAAUAGUUUUUAAUAAAUGCUGAGACAAAUCUGCUA